UAGGCUAGUAAGGUCUGAACUCACGGCGGCCACUGACUCCAAGGAAUAAACACUGACAGUCGGUUGGGGUGGCGAGUGAGUGCAUGGAGAAGGGGAUUCGGCUAGUGAGAUUGGGAGUGAACGGAGGGCGGUGUGUGAGGCUGAGAGACUCAGCUGAGCCCGGGAGUGAGGCGUCGUGACAGAGGCCACACGAGGAAGCUGGUCUCUUCGCUGCAACGCAACCCGCUACCUUACGCGAGGCAAGCUAUCACAUGGCCGCGCCGAACGAGUGCGCGGAGGAAAAUAUGCACGGCUUUCGGGAGCUGGACUCAGUCAAUGACUGUGGAGUAAAUACCUUCUGCAGUCUCCCGAUUUCAUUAUCGUCGUGCACGCAGACUGAACAACUCUUCACCGAUGAAGAUCCUCUUUGUCGCUCUAUUUUUACUUGCGGCAUCCAGUGCCAAAACAACAAGGAAAAAUGUUGAAGAAUAUUCUUUGCAUGAGACGAAGGAUAUGAAACCAAGAAUAUCGAAACCAUCGUCAACAAUAUUAGGAACUAUAAGUUCAGGAGCGUGGGUACCAAUGAAGGCGGGAGACCCAUUGCCUGAAGGCACAGUGUGGGCUGGUAACGACAAAUCUGGAAGCUUCUACGUUGGUCGCUCCUUCGAAGACGAAAGUGUGCCCGAGGCUGCGUCUGGCGCGUAUGUGGCCUCGCAAAGAGUUUUUAUUCACACAUACGCAUCGCGAGUAAUUCAAAGGGACGAAUUUGAGAUUCUUACAUACAAUGUAACUGAUCAACCUCGUCUUGUGUGGGUAAAAGCUGACUCAGGUUGGAUUCCUCCCAGAGCGGUAUUGGCCGGAGUCAAUUUGGAAACCGGAUUGGAGAUUUUUAUUGGGAGAUGGUUGAAUCAAGGACUGUACACUCCUGGAAAAAUAUACAGAAGCAACCAAUACAUUUUUGCCCCCUGUGGCAAUUUUGAAUGUUUCUCGACCGAAUAUGAAGUUCUUGUUGAGCUGUGAAGAACAAUACAUGUCUGCUGGGCGCUACCCAAGGUGUAUGUUGUGUAAAUAUAAUUAAACAUAUUUAAUAAAAUUUUAUUCAUGUGACUAAAAUAA